CUGCGAUCUCGAGAUCGUCUUUCGUCAUAUUAUUUACUCUCCUUGAGCUGCCAUAAGUUCCAAUGAAUAAAGAGCGACAUGGACCGAUGCUGAAUAUACUUCGAAGGUGAUAGUUAAACGAUUUUAUACAUGCGUACAGCUAUCGAGGAACUUUUAGCCUUCGCUUGAGGAACGCAAACGGCGUCGCUCCGUGUCCCUCUUCGGACGAUCGAUUUGAACGGAAUAUUUUUUUUUUUACCAAACGGACGAAUUUUAAUUGAAUUUUAUUUGACUCGCUUCUUUGGACUUAGGCAAUGCUUUUUAAGCAGACUAUUCAUUUAAUUUACCUACCUCCCAUUUUCCUCCAUUUAGGCAAUUGAGUCCUCGCUAAUCGAUCCUCGUUAGAUUUGUACAAACAUAUGAGUAAAUAAUGACUGACUUGGCGUAAUGCCAGAAUUUCGCUUGGGACAAAUACUUCCCGUUUGGUCGGUCAAUUAACUCGGGGCUUGUUAAUUUUCACUAAAAUCGGACACCCCCCGAUGAGCAAAUAAUUAUUCAUUUCCAGGAGUGUCGACCUUUGGAGUGGCCCAAAUAGGGUCUUUUAGCCAGCCACCUGGUCGAGUAAUUAGUUCCCAUUAAAUCCGCACCCAGGUACGCGGAAUAAUUAUUAACUUGGAGCCAUGCCGGUUUUCUGAUUGCUCUAAAUAGUUUCCCUGGGUGAGCUCCAAAUUCGGAGCCGUCAACAGAGAAUUUCCAAAAUGAUUUCGUCGCGUCCGAUCCUUCCGUUUCCAUGCUACAUUUACACCCUCUGCGUCCUCCCCGGGUUUCGCCUGUAUAGAAGUAUUUACCCCAGAAAUCUAAUUCAAGUGUAGCAAUUACGUAACGAAUGAAGACGAUCCAUGCGAUACGUAGUUCUCCGAGACCUGAUGCACUUCGUCGUCAAUGAGUUUCUAAGUCUCGGCAAUUACCUCGAGCUCUAAUCGCGAGUUGUCUUCGGUGUCUGCAAAGAAUACCGAAAUUCUGAGUCAAAGAGAGAACCGAAGACAUCGUUCACGAAACGUGUCCAUCCUCUAUACGUUCCAAAUGGAUACAGUUGCUCAUCGGACUUCGGUCAUUUUUAGACCGGUAUGCUUAAUUUUAGCCAAUCCGUACUGAAAAUUACCCUUCUAAAUUUGAAUACGGCAGAAGUAAACACGUUUGACGCGACAGAUAUUAAGCUCUUUUCCCGAAGAGCAUGUGCCAAAUAAUCGAAUUUAGAAAGUACCGAAGAAAACAAAAUAUUUAGCGUCUGCAUCAGUUCCUGGCUGCAGCGUUUAUCGCUGAAACUCGAUAUCAGGUUCAUGUGUCCGAGGGAAGUCUUGCGGAAUGUAUGGGAUUAAAAGUUGGUGACGUGGUGGUGAGAUUGAACGAUCAGUCCGUAUGUGGAUUGACCCACGGCCAAGCCCACGAGGCCCUCAUUUUGGCAGGAAAUAAUUUUGUUCUUGGUGUUCACAGAGCUGGUGAAACAAACGGGCUCAACGGUAUAUCCGAAGACAACAUCGUGCCUUACACCAUUCCCCUCGAGGAACUGCAACCCAUCUUUCCAGAGGAAAUACUGAAGCCAAAAACACCGGAACCGCCGGAAGAGGAAAAGGAAGAAGCCAAGGAAGCUCCGGAAGAGCAGGAACAGCGUCAAGAAGAGGCCGAAAAGUCAAACGGACCUCCUGGCGAUCCUAGUCAGGACCUGACGGACGAACAAAUAGCUCAGUUAAUCCUCGAAGAAGAGGAACUCCUGUCCGACAAGGGUCUCUUAGGAGUGAACUUCAAGAAGCUGAGACCGCGAGCGCCUCUCCUGAAGGAGUCGAAGGUCUUCCAGGAAUUGCAGAAAAUCGCGGUGGCGGAGCCACCUCGGGUCCAGGAGCUGAAGAGGACCACGACUUUCCUGCAGAAACCGCAGCGACCCGUGCCAGGACCCAAGAAGAAGGAGUCGGAGCCCGAGUCCACGGAGUCCUACAAAGUGGUGAUCAGGAAGCAGCAGAAGAAGAGCGUCACCGAGCGUCUCCUGGAGAAGGGACUUCUGGGUCCCAGGGAUUUAUCAAAGUCCCCGGAAUCCGAGGCCAGAUCCGAGGUAAAGAUGUAUGUUCCCGGGCCUAAGGUCGGCCAGCCAAAACCUGUACAGGAUCACGAGUCGCCGACGCGAUCAUCGCUCGAGUCAUCGAACACGCUCGAAAACGAAACAGAGGACCCACGUACCCUCAACGACGAAUCUACGAGCCCCUUCGCAUCCAAUGAAAACUUCCCGCGAUUCGAGGACCCUGACCUAAUCCUGGACCUCGAGGAUCCCGAAGAGUCCUUCGAUCUCGAGGAUCCGAAAAUCUCCUCGACACCCACUGACAUCGAAAUACCCUAUGAAUUUAACGACCCUGCAGAGUUCCGCCGACUCCAGGAUCCCGUCGACCCCUUCGUUCCCGGUGAAUCCGAAAAUUUUAUGGAAUUUAUUUCUCUCGUAGAUCCAUCGGAAUCUGACCGUUUCUCAUCUCAGGACAUUGUAGGAACUAUUGGGGAAAUAUCGAGCGUAGAGUCAAAAGAAGUCGCAAAGGUGCCCUGUAUCGAGGAACUGUCGAUCGUCAAAGGGACUCGUUAUCUUCGUCGGAAGGGUCGUUAUCUGGAGAAUUACAUUUUCGGGAAAAGGAACCAAUCCAGGACACCUCGGGAGACCGCGAGAGGUUCCAGACUCUACCUCAGAGGUCGCUAUUUUGAAAAGUGCCUGAACGAGAGCAAGCAUUCUCUGUUGGAUGCAAAUUCUGAACCUAAAUCUACCGCGUUGAUUCGUAGAUCAAAAUCCGGGUCUCUGAGAGAAUUUUGCGACGAUACGUGGGUAGGGAAAGCACUGAAAUUCGUCUCUAAAAACGUUGAAGCAUUGUUCUCAUCGAAAACCAAAGACAAGGCAUCCAGGAGACUGUACUACAAAGCUCGCUAUUUCGAGAGAUUUGUUUUGAGAAGACAGAGUAGCUCAUUUGCCGAAGAUGGAACCAAGAAGGGUAGAAGGCAGAGUUUGGUUCCAAGACCUCAUUACGUCCAGGGAAUUAUACGAAAGAGUUGGACUUCGGGUCUUCCAUUUGGAUUGGAAGACUUCCUCAAAAGUGGAACCAGCCUUCUGGAUGCCGUGUCCCUGAAACUCUUCAGCAGUGGCGUUCGGUCGAAUUAUUUGUUCACGGAAUGUGGGAGCUAUGAUCAGUCCGGAACAACCAGAGGUUCUUCCGAUUUUGGAAAUGCCAUUAAACCUAGAAGACAGAGCCUGGUCCAGAGACCCCACUAUGUACAGGAAAUCCUGCGCAAGAGCUUCUCUUUCAAGGCCGGACCCGAGAAAGAUGUUUCUUGUCAGAAAAAUAAUGCUCAAACUCUGAAGAGGGGCUCGGUGCCGUUAAUAAGUACCGGAGACCCAAAUAAAAAUAAAAGACACAGUUUGGUUCAAAGACCUCAUUAUGUUCAGGAAAUUAUUCUUAAGGGUCUUUCUCUAAAGGACGAGGCUGAACAAGAUGGCUCCGAGAAAGAAAGCGAAGCUGGCUUUCCGAAACACGGAUCGGAGCCGAUUAUAAAUACCGUUGACGUCAUUAAAAGUAAGAGGCACAGCCUGGUUCAGAGACCUCAUUAUGUUCAGGAAAUUGUUCUUAAGAGCCUCUCUCUGAAAAGCGAACCCGAACAAGAUGGCUCCAGAAAGCAGAGUGAAGUUCAAGCCUCGAAAAUGGAUUCAGCGGUAGAUACCGGUGACGCGAAUAAAAUUAAAAGACACAGCCUGGUUCAAAAGCCCCAUUACGUUCAGGAGAUUAUCCGCAAGAGUCUUUGUUCCAAAAGUGAGGUGGAAGAAGAAAAUUUAACCAAAGAAAAAGAAACCGAGAGUCCCAGAAAGGAAUCGGUAUCGGCAAGUGGUACCGAAAACGCGCUCAAAACGAAAGAACAAAAUUUGGUUCAAAGUUGUAACAUUGAGGAGAAUAUUCAAGAAAGUAUUGCCUCUAAGGAUGGGCCAACCGAAGGUGGUUUUACUCCCGGAAAUCGGACUCAAGCUUUGAAAAGAAAUUCAGUUUCCUCGGUGGACUCGGAAAAUGCAGGGAAGCCUAGAAAACGUAGCUUGGUCCCCAGACCUCACUACGUCCAAGAAAUAAUUCGCAAAGAGUUCUUGCCGAAGAGCAAACCCGUUCAAUAUUGCACGAUCGAGGGAGCGAAGGCUCAGAAUUUGAAGAGAGGUUCAAUUUCCGAGGAGAAAAACAGAAGUAGAAGGGCGAGUCUGGUACCAAGGCCUCACUACGUCCAGGAGAUGAUCCGCCACUUUUGGGUGUCUGGUCUUCGUUCUAUGGGUCUGGGAUCAGCGGAUACCGACGAUACCAGGGUCACACACGAUAAAUUAUCUGCGAAAGCCGAUCAAUGUGCAAAUUAUCUGCCAGAGUCCUUUGUGGCUUCAGAAUUUCGAAGUAACGAUUCCUAUCCCCAGAAGCCGGAGAACGGUUUCGAGUCGGUCAAGAAAUUCAUAUCUUCGGAAAUAUUUCACAGAGGCGAAAGAAGGUUCUUUAAAAAGCGGGGAGAAUCCGACAGCUUUUUCGGGGGCACCGUUUCUAAUUUUUUGAAAAACCUGACAGGUAGAGUUGUCGAAGGCAGGACCACGGUGGGCAAAAAGAAGGCCUACGACGAUUCCCUUCAGGACAACGUCAAUCGCAGGAUGUCGUUCGUUCCUACCGUCAUUUACGAGGAGUUGACGAACAGAAUUGGGGUUGAUUUCACUAGACUGUUUGUCUAUGCUUUUGUGCCCAGUACGUCGAUCGUUCUAUUGUACAUGUACAGGGAGUGAACGUGGAGGGAUACUUUGUUGAAAUCUUUUGGCUCGUGCAGCUCGAUGUUUGUUCAAUCUUAUUCGGAGACAGGGGAUUUCAUCGACUUGCCCAGACACUUGCCAUGAAAUGUCGAAAGUUCCAAUAAUCGUCAUGACUUUGAAGCCUUUUCAGACAUAGUCAGAAUUAUUUUCAAAUUCCGGGGAACCGAUUACAGUAGAUCAUCCGAAAAGUUUUGCCGGUUUCUGCAUACUUCAAAGUUCACCUAUAAAAUGACAGAACUUAUGUUCAGGGUACAUAUACAGUCUUAUUACAUCCAUUUAUCACUAAUCCUCGUAAUUCUGUUUAGAUCGUAAUAGGCGUCAUUCAUCCUCAUCCUAGGAUGACCGUAACAGACGGUAGAUCAUGGAUCAUCCGUAAACGCACAAAAAGCCACUCUUAAAUAGCCGGCUAUAUAACGAACAAUGACACGUUUUAUCGGUACCUCGGUCAUUGUCGCAUGUGUCACGGGCAAAGUGGUAAUACAAGAGUAGCGAUAGAGAUUUAGUUUGUAGUUUCGGCUAUAAGCGUUGACUUUUGCAAAAAUCUCGAAUUAUGCCCUUGUGGAACCCGUAUUUGUAUAUUCGUUCUUGCGAUGCAUGUACUUACAAAAUGUUUUAACAAUUCAUGUGACUCGUAGACCACGUGUGUGCAAGAUGGCCCCUCGUAUUAAUAAAAUAUUUAUUGUCCAAUGUUUAAGAUUUAAGCCGUGAAGAAUAUCCACAGGUGGAAGAUGGACGUAUGUGUAUGUAUAACAAACUUUGUACAUGGGACCCGCGGAUGCACAGGAUUUACGGUAGUCAACAUCGGUUGAGGGUAAUCUAGGAUCAAAUGUGUGUCCAAAUGACAUGUGUCGACAUCGAGAAAAAUUAUUGUUUAUAGAUUGGAGUACUUAUCGGAAAUUUUCGUUUAGUGUGAAAAAUCUGACAUUGUCGAAACGUCCCGAAAUAACGUAUUCCAAACUUGGAGGUAUCAGCACUUCGAUUAAAUGACAUAUUUCUCAUCCUUGUAUAUCCACUGUCACUGUAUCGUUAUUUAAUUAAUUCAUUCCGGAGAGUGUUCCUAAUAUCGCGUCCGCCAUGUAUUGUGAAUUACAUUUAUAUGUUACAAACUCCUAAUUUCCUUGAAAAAAAAAAAAAAAAAAUAACUGUGACGUACAGAAUUGGUACCCUGCGUACAUGUAUACAUCGUCAAUAUGUAGAAAUAUUAAUUCUUGUACUAAGUGUAUCUCUGUAAUUUCACCCUUUCCAUAAGGGCGGGUUUAUCGACUUCAUUGUCCAUACCCUUUCAAGAGAGGAGAAAUUCCUAAAUUAUUCUUGUAAAUAGUCAGCGCUUAGGUGGAUAAUAAUAACUGACGGAAAUUUUCUUUUGCGACAGAAAAAUGCGAAACACGAGACAAAGCGGGACUAAUUUCCGAAACGUGUCCUCGGCUUGCACGAAGACAACGCAUGCGUGGAAUGAGAUAAUCUAGUUGGUAGCUGUCGUAAUAGGAAUGUUAUGCGAGCACAAUGGUAGCAACAUUCGAUCAGGCUGAACGUUCCGAUAACCCACGUCGGAAAAGUGUACGGUGUGCAGGAAUUUAUCUAAAAUGGCGAAGCAAAGCGUCCUUGUUCACGUCGAUUGCCGCCGAGUGUAUUUGAGAGAUAAUACGGCCGACAGGAAUAUUUAUUAACUGUCGUAACGGAAUUGUUAUGCGGAAAUAAAGCUGGCACAUGUAGACCGA